AAGCCCGCGGCUGGCAGGUCAGGUGGCCCCGCUUCUCAGGUUUCAAACCUCGGGCCGGCUGCGCGGCGCAGACUCCAGAGGCUUCGAUCCGGACCCUGAAUGGCUGGUCUCCAAUUGGCACCACCUCUGCUUGUGGGUGUUAUGUUCCCAUACAAUAAAACGGAAGCACCAGGGCUCCACUCAACUAAGCAAGCCCCCUACGAAAAAGGUGACUCUUCCCAGCUAUCCUCAAUGGGGCGCCUGAGGAACAAUUCCCAGGAAAAGCUUUCGAGCAGCAAAGAGCCCAUGUUGAAUAAUCUCUACACUCACUCCAAAUGGAACACCGGCACAAAAACCCAGAGCUCCUUCUAUCCCCACCAUGCUGGAAUCACCCAGCAAGACCCAAGAAGCAAUCUCCAGAGCCAAGCGAAGGGUUUGUUUUACUCAUCAGGCCCUCAAUCCCGCUAUCCCAAAGCAAAUAACCAGGAAUUCAUCCCCUUUACAAAGAAACGAGUUGGAGUGGACCGGGCAUAUCCACUGAAACCCGUGUUCCACCGGAAGUCUCGUAGUACAGGUGAGACUGGCAUGGGUGGGGACCAGAAUGUUUCUCCAAGACCCCCUGAGCCAAGGGAGUUUUCAUACAGCAGUUUUGGUUCAAGGAACUGGGCGAAUUCAUCUGUGGUUGGUACUGUUGCUGCCACACAGGAGGAGAGAGCCAUGGCAAACCCCGGCAGGACUGAGUGGGUGCAGAUCCAAAGACUAGAAGCUGCAGGAGAGAGUUUAGAGGAGGAAAUCCGAAGAAAAGAGACUCUCCUGAGGGAAAAGCUGAAGAAGACGGAGGAGGAACUCAGAAGGAUCCAGAAGGAAAAGGAACAGGCUGAGGAAAAUGAAAACAGAGAGCUACAGAGACUGACACUCCCCAGGAGGAGAGUUAAAGGUAAUGGCAACACUGCGUACAACCCUGUCUCGUCCCCAGAAUACGGCUCUAGGGAGGUCUUCAGUGGAGACAGCGGAAAGAAUGAAACUUGGGGACAGUCUCAAGAAAAUCCCAAUCCAUUCCAGUUCUCUGAUUAUGGGGUACAGAAGCUCAGAAGGGAGAGACUAGGGGCAAGCGAUAACAAAAUCCGAGACCAAGCCUCAGGGCCGGUGAAGGAGAAGUUUCCUCAGCCUACAGCAGCUCCAGGCAGUGCUUUGCCACGGUCCGCCAGCAGUUCUGACUUGCCUAGGGCACCAGACUCCUCAGGUUCCAGCUGUUCCACUGAAGAGCCAGAACUGGGCGAGUGCAGCCACUGUGGACGCAAGUUUCUCUUGUUCAGGCUGGAGAGGCACUCCAACGCCUGCAGCAGGAUGCAGGGUUCCAAGAGGAAAGUGUUUGACUCCUCCAAGGCCCGAGCCAAAGGCACAGAACUAGAGCAGUACUUGAACUGGAAGGCACCAGCCUCAGUCAAGGCUGAACCUCCUCGGAAGAGCAACUGGAGACAGAAGCAUGAAUCUUUCAUCCGUACCCUCCGUCAGGCUCGAGAGGUCCAGCAGGUAAUUGCCAAAGGUGGAAACCCCUCAGACUUGCCUCACAUCCUGCUUGCAGAAAAUCCAGACUAUAUUCAAUGUCCUCACUGUAGCCGUCAGUUUGCUCCCAAGGUGGCUGAGCGGCACAUUCCUAAGUGUAAGACCAUCAAGAACCGUCCUCCGCCUCCAAGGAAGCAUUACAGUUGAGUAGACAACAGUGGAGGCCUCCUCAUUUGUCUCAGAAAGCUUCUCUUCAGCAGUAAGUGGGAGUAGAAUGAUUUGAUGCAAAGCAGGAAGAAUGAAAACUUUUACAUGCCCCACCCCUGCCUGCAGAGCUGAAAUCAGAGAGGAGAAACCCAUUGCUAAACAGCAGGAGGCAGAAGGAAACCUCAGCUUCCCACUGAAUUACCACCUCAGGCUUGUGUGCCUUAUGUUACUGCCCUAAGAACUGAUGGGUGAAGUCGUUGAGUAGUGAGCAUUAAAGCUGUCUUCUCACAA